ACGAAUGAAAAAAAUAAAUAAAUAAAUAAUUAAUGAAAACUCUGACAGAUUUAUUAUCGCUAGAUGUGACGCGAACUACAUUACCCACAAUGCUUUGCCGCGAGGUCGCGCAUUUGUAAACAAUGCUAGAAAGCUAAGGAUAAAAAUAGAGAUAUUUACGCGAGGCUUGGCUAUAUUAUUAGCGUGUCGUAGUUGAUAUUUCGUUUUAACACCGAAGGUAUUAUUCUUUCACAGGUUUAGUUUAUUAACAGAACGCUUUUAUUCAGUUAACGGGCGACUUGCACAUGAAUUAGCUCGUUUGCGUUCAUCUGAUCUGGUCUGCAGUUGGAGAAAAUGUAUUCUGAAUGAUUAUCGUGGUGAUUAAUUAAGGUCAGACUCAUUUGCGUGUCCAUGGGGAAACGGAAAGACAUGAUUCACCCCAGAUUUCUCGCGGGUAAGUCUCAUUUAUAGAGGAGAGAGUCUUAGAAUUGAGUUUUUCUUCACCCACGUGUCUUUUUGAGUAAUAAAAACAUGCACGGAAGCGGGGAUGAUUACAGCGUGCACAAGAAGAAACACAAAAAGCACAAGAAGCACAAGAAGAAGCACCAUCGCGAUGAUGGCCACAGUUUCUCCUCCGAGGCGCUGGAGUCAGACUCCGGGCUGCUGCUGCUGAAACCUCCGCAGCUCAAGCUCAAGAUCAAGCUAGGAGGACAAACUCUGGGCACCAAGAGUGUGCCCACAUUCACAGUGAUCCCAGACUCUCUGCGCUCAGUGUCGCCUCUGAACGUAGAGAGUGACGACGAUGAUGAUGAUGAAGAUGACAAUGAGGAUGAUGAAGAAGACUCUGAUGACGACGUGCCAUCAGAGGGAGUUCCUAUAGAGCAGUACAGAGCCUGGCUGGAUGAAGACAGUAACCUGGACCCGUCUCCCAUGCCGGACAUGGACACGGACUCGCUGCUGGUCGGCCCGAUGGAUGAGGAGGAGCGAUGGCUGGACGCGCUGGAGAAAGGAGAGCUGGACGAUAACGGAGAGCUGAAGAAAGAGAUCGACGAGUCUCUGCUCACAGCCAGACAGAAAGCGCUCCUACAUAAGCAGCAGAGCCAGCCGUUACUGGAGCUGCCCAUGGGAUACAAAGAGAAGGAGCUGACGGCCGAGAUGAUGCAGAAACGUGAGGAGCGUGCCCGCAAAAGACGCCUGCAGGCCGCCAAGAAAGCCGAGGAGAACAAGAACCAGACCAUCGAGAGACUGACCAAGACCAGCAAGGCCAAGAUCAAGAGCAUGAAGGAGCGCAAGUCCAAGCAGGCGCAGCUACCCAUGGUGAGGUACAGUAGUAACGCUCAGGGCGCCGCCGUCUCGUACCCCGCCGGGAUCCCCGUCCCGACGCCCACUGCCCCGCCAGAGCCUCCUCCCGCGCCCGUGAGCUGCGGCGUGUCCGGAUGCUCCAACCUGAAGAAAUACUCCUGCUCCAGGACCGGGACGCCACUCUGCAGUCUGGAGUGCUACAGGAAGAACCUGACGCUGGUGCAGGAAGUCGCUUAAAGCACCGUCUGUCAACGGUGUGUGUUUACAAACAGUAGGUCCAUGCAAUUAUGUUCAACAGCAGACACAAAAUUCUUUGAUUAAUCAGUGUACAAUCAUGCUGAAGUUUAUUUAUUUUGCAUUCAAAGUGCAAUUCAUGAAACACAAGCACACACUUUACAGUACGGUUCAAUUUGGUAAUAUUAGGUUCUCUGAACUAACAAUGAACAAUUUUUACUGUAAUAAUUAAUCUAACUUAAUGUAAAUGUAUAAAUAUUAUAUACACAUGUACGUAUGUAUAAUAUAAAUAUAUAUACAUAUAAAUGCAUAUGUGUUGUAUAUAAACAAACACAUACGCAUACACACGUGUGUGUGUGUGUGUGUGUGUGUGUGCGCGCGCGUAUGUAUGUGUGUGUUGUUUAAUUCAUUGUUAGUCCAUUCAUAACACAUUAACUAAUUAAUUUAUACAACCUGACCCAUUUAAAAUGUAUUAGCAUUUGUAGAAAUUACAUUAAGCUAAAUUAAUAAAUGCUUUAUAGUAUUUAUUGUUAGUUUGAUAUCUAAUGCAAAUUGAACUUAUUGUAAUGUGUUGCCCAAAUUCAAUUCAAUGUGACAGUUAGUUAAUUACAAAUUAUCAUCAUGAAGAAUCAUGAGAAUACAUUUCUGUGCAAAAAAUGACUUUGAGCUGAGAUUAACAACAUGAUGUCAAAUACAAAUCAUUCUGUAAAAAAACUGUUGUUGCAUUGAAUUUGUGUGUAAUAAUGUUUUAUCACACAUUCAUUCUGCUUGUGUUUAAUGAAUGAAACUCACUACCAUUAAAACUUAAAAGCACCCUUUUAUUUUUGUGAGAAGUCUGAAAUAAAGAAUGCCUCAUGUAAACCUUGUAUUUAUUUCAUGCAUUUGAAGCCACAUAAAGCGUAAUUCUAAACUGAAACUAAACCAAAUUUAUGAAAGUAACACUUUAUAGGAAGGUUCAGUUUAUUAACAUUAGUUAAUGCGUUUUAUGAACUAAUAAUGAACAACUUUUUACAGCAAUUGUUAAUCUGUUAAUCUAUAAAUAUAAUUUUGUUUAUUGUUCAUUCAUUGUUAGUUUGUUCAUAAUACAUUAACUAAUGUUAAUUUAUACAUCUUGACCUGUUUAAAAUGUAUUAGCAUAUGUAGAAAUUAAUCAAUUCUGCAUAAAUCUAUUUGAUUGUUAAUUUAUAUCUAAUACAUUAACAAAUUUAACUUACUAUAAAGUGUUAUCCAAAAGUCUUUUUUUAUUAUUAUUCAAUUCAUUGGGACAAUUAAGAAUUGCAAAUUAUUUACAAAGGAAUUCAUGAAUCAUGAAAAUGAAUUUGUGUAAAUAGUUAAUAAAACCACUUUGAAUUUAAUAGGUUUAUGUGAAUAAUUCUGUACACUGCAUUCUGUUUUGCAUUGAAUUUGAAUAUAAAAAUGUUUUAUAACAUGUUCAUUCUUGUUUAAUUGUGUAACAGAGUCAUUGUUGAAAAACUAACCAGACUCGAGCGCAGCCUUACUUUUGUAAAGAGACUGAAAU